GAAAUAAACGAAGAGGAGCGAAGUGUAAUAGAGGGAAAUUUUGUUGAGUCACUUCUUUUCUUCUUCUCCUCUGAUCAGCCAAAUUUGAGCAAGCUCUUUCUGCUUUUAACUUCGCGUCAAUGGCGCGAGCCAGGCAUCCAGCUCAAAGGAACGCAAAUCGCAAGCCACUAGGUUCUGGAGUUGCACCGUCUUCCCCAGCUGGGCCAUCGACGCCACUUGGUGGAAGAACACAAAAUGUGAGGCAAGCUCAAAGUCCACCAGCAAGGACAUCUGGGAAGAAAAGACGGUUCAGGCCAGGGACAGUUGCAUUGAGGGAAAUUCGGCAAUUCCAAAAGACAUGGAAUCUGCUAAUUCCAGCUAGCAGUUUCAUCCGAGCAGUAAAAGAAGUAAGCUACCAGUUAGCUCCAGAGAUUACGCGGUGGCAAGCUGAAGCUUUAAUAGCUCUUCAGGAAGCAGCAGAAGAUUUUUUGGUUCAUCUAUUUGAAGAUACAAUGCUAUGUGCUAUUCAUGCCAAACGUGUAACUAUCAUGAAAAAGGAUUUUGAACUGGCACGCCGGUUAGGAGGAAAAGGGAGGCCAUGGUGAGAAGAGCUGUUUCGUUAGGAAGUAGCUGCUGUAUCGACACCGACAUCACCACAUUAACUGGUAUGAAAAAAUUUGAGUUGUUGAUUGAUUGUAAUCAUUAUAGAAAUUAGGUAGUAAACAAGACCAAAUGUAGACGUAUUUUAGUCGCUUAGCAGUCACCAUUUACUGACCACCUCCAAGGUUUCGAAUCUGACUCGAAAUAUGGAGUUUGAAUAGGAUCCAUUCAGCAUUGAUGUGGCCAUUGGGGUGGUUAGUUAUACUCGAGUUGUCAUUUUCUGAAUCUUCAAGAUGAAGAUCUAGGGGCCAACUACAGCAGUUACUUUAUGCUCUGUAACUUUGUUUCAUUAUGUAAUCAGAACACAACAUUUUGGUGGCAGCCCUGCAAAAACAAGACAACAUUUUCUGGUCA